UGCGCCGCCAAGCGGACAACAAUACUGUUCACGCUCCAUUUCAUUUAAUAUACAGACCUAAGGGAAGUCGCGGGAUUCCGCUACUGUGUGCUUUGACUGGCAUCGGCAAGGGAUGGCCACCGGAUGAAGUGGGCUAACAUGACUCCCCGGUUUGUCACCGCAGCCUAUGUGCUGUUUACUUUCUCCAUAUUGGGAUCUCUGUGCAGCGACGCUUCCUCGUUUAUCCAGCCGUUCAAUGACUGCAUUCACAGCAGAGGGAAGACCGGAUUCUACCAGGGCUCCGUGGAUGUUACCGAGUCUGGAGGAAAAUGCAUGAACUGGAGCGAGGUACCUGGAGUUAUCAGUCGGUAUCCGGGCAAAGGUCUUGGGGAUCACACUUUCUGCCGGAACCCAGACGGCAGGAUCCGACCAUGGUGCUUUUUCAGAAACGACAGAGGAAGAAUAGACUGGGGUUACUGCGAUUGUAAACAAGGCUCAGUGCGUCUGCAGGGAGGCAGGUCUCGUCUGGAGGGUGCAGUGGAGGUGUAUCUGAAUGGAGUGUGGGGCUCCAUCUGCAGCAACAGCUGGGAUGACCGGGAUGCAUCCGUGGUCUGCAAACAGCUGGGCCAGGGCCUGAAGGGGAGCGCCCGAGUGAGUGCUCUCUCACGCCUGGGCUUCUCCGCGGUGCACUGGCAGGCAGUGGAAUGUUCCGGAGGGGAAGGGGACCUUCUGGAGUGCCCAAAGACCGCGUGGAAUGGAGGCCAGUGCAGCCAGAAACAGGUCGCAGCGGUCACCUGCAGACCACAGGAGGAGGAUUCCGGGUUUGUGCCUGUGCGUUUGUCUGGCAACAGCUCCCAGUAUGAGGGUCGAGUGGAGGUGUACCACGCCGGUCAGUGGGGCACAGUCUGUGAUGACCAGUGGGAUGAUAGCGACGCCGAGGUGGUGUGCAGACAACUGGGCCUUGGAGGUCUGGCUCGUGCGUGGGUAGGAGCACACUAUGGAGCAGGCUCUGGGCCCGUGGUGCUGGAUGAGGUGCGCUGUACGGGGAACGAGCUCUCCAUCGAGCAGUGUCCCAAAAACGCCUGGGGGGAGCACAACUGUGGCCACAGUGAAGACGCCGGGGUGUCCUGCACCCCUCUCACAGAUGGCUCCAUGCGUCUGGUGGGAGGUGUGGGAGGCUUUGAGGGCCGGCUGGAGGUGCAUUAUGGGGGCAAGUGGGGCACGGUUUGUGAUGACGGCUGGACUGACAUAAACUCACAGGUGGUCUGCAGGCAACUAGGCUACAGGUCUGGAGAGAGUGUGUCCUCUGUGAGGUUCGGUCAGUCUGCAGGAGCCAUAGUGCUGGACGAUGUGAUCUGCUCAGGGAAGGAGCCGGCCCUGGCCCUCUGCACACGGCGGGAGUGGCUCACACACGACUGCACACACACCGAGGACGUCGCCAUCAGCUGUAACCCAGAGCGCACGGGACCUGGAGUGCCCACCAGUUUGCCCAUUCGUCUGGUCAGUGGUGAGAAUGUGUAUGAGGGGCGGGUGGAGAUCCUGGUGGGCAGCCAGUGGGGAACCAUCUGUGAUGACGGCUGGACAGACAGAGACGCUGAGGUGGUGUGCAGGCAACUUGGCCACAGUGGUCUGGCUAAGGCGCGCACCAUGGCAUACUUUGGUGAAGGCCAAGGCCCCAUCCAUGUGGACAACAUCAAAUGUACGGGUGUGGAGAGAUCUCUUGCUGACUGCAUCAAGCAGCCCUUUGGCAUGCACAACUGUCGCCACAGUGAAGAUGCUGGAGUUAUCUGUAACUAUGGGCAACAUCAUGACGGAGUCCUGUCAGAGGCUAAGGAGUCUGUGUCUGCAGUGUGUGGUCUUCGGCCAGCUCAUACCCGCCAGAAGAGGAUCAUUGGAGGCCACAACUCCUUAAGGGGCGGCUGGCCGUGGCAGGCUGCUAUCCGUUUGCGUGGCUCUCAGGCAGAUGGACGCCUGGUCUGUGGAGCGACUCUCAUCAACAGCUGCUGGGCACUGACCGCUGCACACUGUUUUAAGAGGUAUGGGAACAGCAGUGGGCUGUAUAAGGUGCGUGUGGGGGACUAUCACACGCAGGUGCCUGAGGAGUUUGAGGAAGAGUACGCAGUGGAGAAGAUCGUCCUGCACGGCCGCUACCGCUCCCACGCCAACGACUACGACCUGGCGCUGGUGCAGAUGGCGGGGCGCAGGGGAGCCUGCGUGGCGCCCAGUGCCAACGUGCUGCCCGUGUGCCUGCCUGCCCGCAGAGAGAAGGCCCCCAGGGGAGCGGGCAAGUGUUACAUCACCGGCUGGGGAGACACAGGUCGAGCGUACUCCAAGACCCUGCAGCAGGCAGCCAUCUCGGUGCUGGGGAAGCGGGAGUGUGAGCUGCACUUUGCUGGAACCUUCAACAAGCGCAUGCUGUGUGCCGGGGCCUCACCUGACCACCAUCGCCGCGUGGACAGUUGCCGUGGAGACAGCGGAGGGCCACUGGUGUGCGAGCGGGCAGCAGGGGGAGGAUGGGUCAUCUACGGCGUGACAUCAUGGGGUCACGCAUGCCGUCUCCACGACUCGCCCGGUGUCUACACCAAAGUGUCCGCCUUCCUGCCCUGGAUCAGGAAGGUCACUGGCCAGUAGGAGGGUCUGACCACAGCACAAAGCAGGCCAAUGAGCCAGACACGCUUCUGUCCUUCAUUCAGAAGCCCUGAUGUCUCAGUGGCAUGUUUGUCUGAUACAGUGACCUAUUGGUCUGGGUAGGAAUGUGUGUAUGUGUAUGGGGUGUGUGUGUCUGUGUUUCAGUGAUGGCGGUCUCUGAUAUGUCUUUCAGCACUUCCUGGUUGUAAGGGACCACAAGGGCUCCAUGGCAGAUGAGCCACCCUGGGCGCCCUCCCCUGGCCUCUCAGAGCAGCUCUCGGAGCUGCAGCACACGCUCCACAGGCCAGCGGUGCUCCUGAGGCCCAGCCUAGCGCUAAUGUACUACACGUCUGCAGUCCCACUCCACUGGAGAGCUCUCUCCACAGCACUAAAAGCCACUAAGUACACAAAUAAAGACAGUCUUAAUGCUUACAAAGUCAAACAAUUGCACUAAAAGCCUCAGUGUCUGACCAGUAAUGUCUCCAGCUAGUAGGACAUUGACCUUAAAUCAUUGUAAUAACUGGAUACCUCUCUUAUGAAGCUUCAUUAACCCGGUAUUAAAAUGUGUUUGUUAUCAUGUGUAAUGUGUAGAACUACCUGUAUUAUUUUGUAAUGAAUUGAGUUUUUCUAGCCAGAGUCCUAGACAUUUGAGUCUUCUGUGUUACUAUGGAUGUUUAUUCUUAGACAUGUCAAAUAAGUUCACGUCCUGUGUUUCCAUAAACUGUGGCCAGACCAGUGGCUUUUUCAUUUACAAGUGCAACAGUAUAUCCCACUGAGCUCCACCGCCCCGUGUCGAAGUAAUAAAGGCCAUUUCCUUUAUGAAUCUGUUUUAUACAAGUGGACAUCUGUUUCCAUUGAGAGCAAUUUAAAUGUUUGAAGUUCACUAUAAUAGUAACAUAUCUCUGUUCUAUGACAGCUAUGUCUGAGCAUGGAAGGGAGUGAAGAGGUGCUACAUUUACUUUCAUCACCACUGACAUGUAUCUGGCGAUAUUUUAUCCUGGAUCUGUUUUCCUGACUGACAGUAAAGUUUACAUUA